AAACUUUGAAAAAUUAGGCCUUUUUGUAAUAAGAAUAUUCAUCCAAGACAUUAAAGAAUGAUUAGGUGGCAACUACACAUAGGCCCUCUUAAUUCCAGCUGCACAUAGGCCCUCAAAUUUAAAUAAUGCCUUGGAAAACCUCAAAUCCAAAUUAAAUAAGUAGAGAGCUUCUGCUAUUAGCCAAGCAGGAAAGAAAAUUUUAAUUCAAUAAGUUCUCCAAGCUGACCCUCUCAAUUUUAUGAGCCUUAUACACUAUCCCCAAAAAACUAUUAAUAGUAUGGAGAAAAUUAUUAAAGAGUUCUGGUGGGGGGUUUCUAACUCUCGGAGUCAUCCUUAUCGUUGCUGCUCUUGGAAUAAACUUACUUUGCCAAAGGCCUUUGGAGGUUUAGGCUUGAAACAUCUGAAAUUGGUAAACCUGGCCCUUCUUAAGAAAAUUGGUUGGCAAUAUCUGAAUGAGCAACAUAAAUUAUGGGCCCAAAUUUGGAAAUUAAAAUAUUUAAAACACUGCACUCAUAUUCCUUAUUCAAUAGCUCCUUCAAUCUCCUUUUAUUGGAAAUACAUAGCCCUAGAGAUUAGGGAACUAGCUUAUGAAUGUAGUUAUCUAGUGAAUGAAACUUCCUCUUUUUAUUUGGACCAAGUGCCUUGGAUUCAUUCCAAUAAUGAUUUCUCUUGGAUUCCUUUUCUUUUAACCCCUAAUCUUAAGAAUCUAAGAAUUUCAACCCUCCUCUCCUCAGGACAGUGGAAUGAAACACUCAUUAAUUCUUUGUUCACCACCAGGGAAGCCAAUAAAAUCCUUAGAACUCCAAUCUUUCCCUCAAACAAUGAUAUUACUUGGAUUUGGACUGUUCAUAACUUAGGUAAGUUUUCAAUUAAAGAGGAAUAUAAAAGGAACCAACAACAAUAUUUGAGAGCUAUUCCCCCCGAAUUAAAAUUUUGCUUGAAUAGAAUCUAGGAACUCAAUAUUCCUCCUCGAUUUCAGUUGUUUUUCUGGAGAGUAAUCAAUAAUUUUAUUCCUAUAAAAGACAUGCUUUUCUUUGAUCCACAAGAUAAAAUCUGUGCUUUAUGUAAUGAAGCAGUAGAAUCCUUUUCUCAUUUGUUUAUUGAUUGUCAAUUUGCACAAGCUAUUUUCUUUGUAGAACCCGAGAACCUAAAUCUCAAGAAUGUAUAUCAAGGAUCUUGGAUGUCAUGUGUAAAUACUUUAUCUACUUUAAUUGUAGACAAUCAAUUAUUGUUGCAAAUCUUAGGAUGGAUUGCUAUUGCUUGUUACUAUAUCUAGUAUGCCCGAAAUGAGAAAUGUUUCAUGAACUGACAAAUUCUUCCUCAAAAUCUCAUUAAUAUUAUAAAUCAAAGUGCCUAGAAUGCUUCAGUUCCUCAAAAUGGCUCUCAUGGAUUGCAUCUCUAUCACAAAAGUUUGCGCUUUCUGUUACCCAUUCUACUGAUUUAAUUAUCUUCACUGGGAAAGUAACUGAUUCCUUAUUCAGUUUUGGAAUUAUCAUUUUAUCAAGGAAUCUAUCCUGCUUGAAAAUUCUAAGGGGAAGAGCAUUCAAUGUUGCUUCUACUGAUCAAGUUGUUACAGUAACGGCGCCAUUUCAACUCGUUUAAACCUCUAUUUCCUGUGUAAGGAAGUUGUCUCGGAAGUUGAUAAUACUCCCUCUUCUCCUAAGUUUUUUUAUCGGCUGUUCGAUGCUUGUCGUUGUUUAAAUUUACGGCGGCAUGGAUGGGGUUCAGAGCACAACGACGAUUUCAAGCUCGAGCUCGAUUUCGAAUGCGAAUGCUCCGCCCCCGUUCCUGAGCAAGACCUAUGACAUGGUUGAUGAUCCCUCGACGAAUUCGAUCGUGUCCUGGAGCCCUAGCAACAACAGCUUUGUCGUCUGGAACCCGCCGGAGUUCGCAAGGGAUCUGCUGCCCAAGUAUUUCAAGCACAAUAACUUCUCCAGUUUCGUCAGACAGUUGAACACAUACGGAUUCAGGAAGGUUGAUCCAGACCGCUGGGAAUUUGCAAAUGAGGGUUUCCUGAGGGGUCAGAAACACUUGUUGAAAAGUAUUAAUAGGCGAAAACCCGCCCAUGUGCAUCACCAACAACCUCAAGGACAGAGUACUUCAGUCGGGGCAUGCGUUGAGGUGGGAAAGUUUGGACUUGAGGAAGAGGUUGAGAGACUUAAAAGAGAUAAAAAUGUACUUAUGCAGGAACUGGUUAGACUAAGGCAGCAGCAACAGGCAACUGAUCACCAGUUACAGACCAUGGGUCAGCGACUUCAGGGAAUGGAGCAGCGACAGCAGCAGAUGAUGUCAUUCCUGGCAAAGGCCAUGCAAAGCCCUGGAUUCCUUGCACAACUGGUCCAACAGCAGAAUGAUAGCAACCGGUGCAUAUCUGGGGUCAGUAAGAAAAGGAGACUCCCGAAACAGGAAGAGAACUCUGAGGGUGAGUGUGCUGUAGCUCCUGAUGGACAGAUUGUAAAGUACCAGCCCUUGAUGAGUGAAGCUGCAAAAUCAAUGCUAAGGCAAAUUUUGAAGUUUGAUGCAUCACCCAGGCUAGAAUCUUCAAAUGGCAAUCCCGACAGUUUCAUGAUUGAUGAUAUUCCUACACCAUCUAACUCAUUAGACGGCUCAUUUGAUGGUGGUGGCUCUUCAAGUAGGACCUCGGGAGUGACACUUUCGGAGGUCCCACCAACAUCUGGGCAAUCACUUUUGCCUGUGGCCUCAGGGUUUCCAGGUAGUCGUCCCUCAGCUGCCAUAUCUGAGAUCCAGUCUUCUUCUGGCCUAGUAACAGACAUGGUUUCAACAACUGAAUUUCCAGAUUUGAGUGUGCUAUCUGGAGUGGAAGAGGGGGGAGCCGUUGCCUCAUGCCAGACGGACAUGGUUUUGCCUGACCUUCCACAAGUACACGGACUGGUGGGAGAAACAAACAUUGUUGAUAUUCCUGCUGUGAGUUACGUGGAGACUGAAACAUGUAAUGGAGCAUACAUAGAUCCAUUACCUGAUUCUGAAUUGCUUCCGAGCAUAAAUGAUGUAUUCUGGGAACAGUUUCUCAAUGUAAGCCCUCUUUCAGGGGACCCAGAGGAGAUUGAUUCUAGCAUACCAGAAGGUAUUGUUAAGGAAAAAAAGGAGAAUUCAGGAGAGGAAAAUGGGUGGGAUAAGGCUGAACAUAUGGAUCAGCUCACAGAACAGAUGGGGCUACUUACGUCAGAUACCAAAGCGGGGUAACCUUUGUGUUUGAUGUAUUUCCUUCUGGCCCUUGAAAUGGUUGACCCAUAUACACUCAUUCUGCUUUCUUCGCUUGCAUGGUUCUCUUACUUGAGCGAUCAAAUGAUCAGGCUAUAGAUAGAAUAUCUCCAUCUUCGUUCUUCUGCACAUACAGGGUCCAUUUCUAGCCAUAAGUUUCAUUUCUGUUUUUCUUUCUUGUUAUUUUUUCCCUUGUACCCUACCUAAGCUCCCUCGGUUCAACAGAAUUAAACGAAUGCAAUGGUGUAAGGUCUUCCAUUAGGUAUCCCCUUUGUAGAGACCACAGAUGAAGGUACUGCUCUGCGAAGCCAUGGAGUUAUGCAGUUCUGCCUGUGGGUAGGAAGGUUUAACUUUUAACUGUUUUACAUAUCCUUUUCUGGGCUUAGGAGCACGGUACACCAAUUCAUAUGUUUAUGAACCGACACGUACAAUUUUAUAUUAAAUUUACAUAUUUUUAAAUUUAUGCAUUUUAAUUCAUAGUAAUGGGUUCAUGAGUUGCUUGUGCCUAGGCAAAAGACUUGAACAUGCUCUCUCUGUUUUCAUAAAUCGACUUAUAUGUAUUCUUAGUAUUAUUUAAAGACUUGUGACUUUUUAUCCUUCA